AUGGAUUUAUCGAAAUUGGCCCGUCCGGCCAUCCUGUGCCAGUGUUUGCGCUGUUCGAGCUCCCUGGCCGCUCUGGAGAAUGAAUGGGCCAAGCUUUCCAACUCUUAUUCCGUCGCAGCAGGAUGGCUGAGCGUCGAACUUCACCGCAUCUCAAUCUCACCAGAAAAGAAACAAAUACCGCAAUCAUCAGACCUGAGUAUACUCCGUGGACGUAUCCUGCAAGAGAUCGCCUGCAAGCUCUGCCAGCAGAAAUUAGGCGUGUUGUGUUCGCUAGAUAAUGGUCCUAAUGUCUUCUGGAAGCUAUCAAAGGUCUCGUUCCGGGAAAUCGUAACCAUGCGCACGGUAGAACCUUCUUUUAAAGAUGGAUUACUCGAGCGCCUGAUCAACCCGCCUCAGAAAGAAUCGACCCGGCGAGACAGGACAUCCAUCCAGCCCGGAGCCUUGGUCCCGGUCGGUUCAUCCGAGAUGGACCAUUACACCGCAUCCGUGGAGCAACAGAUCCAGCACCAUGGACUGAGCCUCGACCAUAUCUCAAGUUCCGUGAGCAACCUGCACGACACCAUGUCCGAGCUGAAAGGUGCAUUCACAGCGCUCCGUAUCGAACUGAACGGCCCCGGUCGGUUCUCCGAUCUAGGAAACACCGUGAACAGCGACUUCAACAUGAUCACCACAGUCCUGAAGGAGCUAAAAUCCAAGUCAGAAGAGAUCGAAAAGCUAAAACUAGAAAUCGAGGCAUUGAAACUCAAAAACCGCUACAUGGAAGAAGAGAACGCAAGACAGCAGCAGCUACCCUCGACCCUAGCGGUACCCAACCCGCUCCCAGAAGUCCGCAGCCCGGGAUUGCUCCAAGCAGGCAGGAAGCGGCCAUGGCCGGACUCCUGGCCUAGUGGCCGCACACAACCGAUCGCCGACUCAUUCGACGAUGGCGAUGAGGAAGAUAGCAUCAACUUCUCCCUGGAAGACCCACAUAUGCCCCCGGUCAAGAUCCCGUUAAAGGGUCCCGAGGCCGACGCAAUGAUGGACACGCCAAACGAGCCAACAGCGCUAGGAUCUCCGAUCUUCCGAAUCGAAGUCAAUCAAUCAAGACACCAAAGUCCGCAAUGGGGUACCCCCGAAGUCCACGCCAGCGUAGAGCAACAGACCAUGUCCAAACGCCCCCGUAUGUCUCAGGCUCCCGAGAAGCCACCAUCCAGCAUGGUGCCGGACAAAAGAAGGCCAGGGCGGCCACGAAAAUCCGUAAGCCAAGUCACGAAGCCAGAUUUUCCCCAGACUCAGACACCGAGGCCAACACCAUUAAGUGAGCAAAACCCCAACCUCAGUAGCAAUGGUCAGAAGGAGGAUGCACCCUCCAGCACGAGUCCCAGCCAACGCCAAACUGGAACCGAAACCCGUCCAGGUCGUCCCCGAAGCAUCCGCAGCCGGUCGCGACCACCACCCCGACGUUCAACAGGGCUUAAUAAUAGUUUCUCUGAGCAGGACCAGACACAGACACCGGAGGGUAGUCAACAGGAAACCCCGCGUGGUGCAGAAUAUCCAGUAUCCUUUGAUCCAGAGACAGGCUCAGGGAAGGAAAACCCGCCCGGCAAGACAAAUGGUGCUUAUACUGAUGAUGGGAAUACGCGUGAAGCGCAAGAAAGACGAAAGGCACAGGUUGCCGCGCGCGAUACGAUGGCACGCUUAGCCAUGCAGCGCGAAGAGGCCAUGGAAACGGAGGCUCGCUGA